CGUGUCUGUCUCGCGGGGGGAGGGCGGGGAAAGGGCAAGAGGUGGCUUGGGGUGGUAGUGAGGACAUUUGCGGAGAGGACACCACUGCUGCUCGGUAGCUGAAGGCCGCUACGAGUCUCAAGGGAAUGACUGGUGGUUUCCUUCGAAAUGGCAGGCAAUUAGAAGGAGGAGGCUCUGACCAGAAAUACAUAGCCACAGCUGCCUAUCAUUUGACAUCCUCUGUAAUUUGGGCCAACACACUGCAGCUGCCUCUCUUCCUUACUAGUAUAAGUGGCUCCAUCUGACAACACAUUAACAAGAAGUGAAGAGAAGGCUGUGUUUUUGAACCCCGCCCACCUGGCACCGAAUCUCCCUUAGGAUACAGGUUCUCUGAUGGCUCAGUUGGGAGCAGUUGUGGCUGUGGCUUCCAGUUUCUUUUGUGCAUCUCUCUUCUCAGCUGUGCACAAGAUAGAAGAGGGGCAUAUUGGAGUGUAUUACAGAGGUGGUGCCCUGCUGACCUCCACCAGUGGCCCGGGUUUCCAUCUCAUGCUCCCGUUCAUCACAUCCUAUAAGUCUGUACAGACCACUCUCCAAACUGAUGAAGUGAAGAACGUACCAUGUGGAACCAGUGGCGGUGUGAUGAUCUACUUUGACAGAAUUGAAGUUGUGAACUUCUUGGUCCCAAAUGCAGUGUAUGAUAUAGUGAAGAACUACACUGCAGACUAUGACAAAGCCCUCUGCUUCCCCGCAGUGUAUGAUAUAGUGAAGAACUACACUGCAGACUAUGACAAAGCCCUCAUCUUCAACAAGAUCCACCAUGAGCUGAACCAGUUCUGCAGCGUUCACACACUUCAGGAAGUCUAUAUCGAGCUGUUUGAUCAAAUUGAUGAAAACCUCAAAUUGGCUUUGCAGCAGGACCUGACGUCCAUGGCCCCUGGGCUGGUUAUCCAAGCUGUACGAGUGACAAAGCCCAAUAUACCUGAGGCAAUCCGCAGGAACUAUGAAUUGAUGGAAAGCGAGAAGACGAAGCUUCUCAUUGCAGCCCAGAAACAGAAGGUGGUGGAAAAGGAGGCAGAAACAGAGAGGAAGAAGGCCCUCAUUGAGGCAGAAAAAGUGGCACAGGUUGCAGAAAUCACCUAUGGGCAGAAGGUGAUGGAGAAGGAGACAGAGAAGAAGAUUUCAGAAAUUGAAGACGCUGCUUUUCUGGCCCGGGAGAAGGCAAAGGCUGAUGCUGAGUGCUACACUGCUCUGAAGAUCGCAGAAGCAAAUAAGCUCAAGCUGACUCCAGAAUACCUGCAGCUGAUGAAGUACAAGGCCAUUGCUUCCAACAGCAAGAUUUACUUUGGCAAAGACAUCCCCAACAUGUUUAUGGAUUCUGCAGGCGGGCUGGGCAAGCAGUUUGAGGGGCUGAGUGACAAGCUGGGCUUUGGCCUAGAAGAUGAGCCUGUAGAGGCAACCACAAAGGAUAAUUGAAGAAAAAAAAAAACCUGUAUGUAACCUCUGAUUGUGCAGCUUAGAGAGAUCUUUAUUUUUUAAGAUGAGACAGAGUGCUCCUCCUUCCCACACUACCUUCCUUGACUCUUCGUUACUGUGGUUAAAACAAGGAAGAAAUGGACACCAACUUACCCCUCUUCUGGGAAGGGAGAGCAGAUGGAGACUUGUUUUUUGGGUUUAUUUUUAAUUCAGGUAAGUAAGUUGUGUGACUUCUGCUAAGGUGUAUACACCAUAGAUUUGACCUCUGACCUGCGGACACCAACUUUGUCACUUUGAGGCCAGCUUAACUGGGGAUACUGUCAGUAUGAGGAGGGGGUGUGUGGUGCUGCCUCCUCAUGAAUUGAUUUCCUUCAUGGGAAAAUGUACUCCGCAGUUCUUUCCCUUGCCUCUGAUGUAGGCAAUGUCUGCAUGUGAGGCAAGUAACAGAAGGGGUGUUUGCUGUGGAGCAUCAGCUGCAGAGAGCACUGGCCUGCUGGGCUUUUUGACUGUGAGUGCAUUACUCUAGAGUUAAGCUGUCUUGAGCCCUUUUUAGGAAGAACUUGGUGCUAGGUUUUGCAAGGUUUUCUACACACUGUACUCUGCCCUAGUAUUGCUGACUACAUCUCACCGCAGCAGGGCUUGGUGACACCACACACUCCUUUUCAGUACUUUGACCUGAUCUGUGAUUUCAUUUCUUCUUGAAUAAUCUGUUCAUUAGUUCCACUCAGCAUUAAAAUGGGAACAAACAAGUGCUGCACUAGCUGAUGCCGUAGCUCCUUACACCCACUAGCACCGCAGUGCUGUUUGGUAAUUAUGCAUACACUUUUGAGACCAAACACCUUUAUCAUUACAGAGCUUCUUCACUGAAGAGCUCUUAACACUGUGGAGAAGGGCCCAGCCAGCAGACGUCCACGUAGUAGUGCCUAUGGCCUAUGCUGGGGGUUUGUCUGACACACUGAUAAAGAGAGCUUUUAAAUCCAGAGAGCAGGUAGCCACUUGAGAGUCAAGUCCAGAGCAGCACAAUAGAUGUAAGGCAGAGUUCAUGCCCAUGUCCUGUGGGCGCAUUGAGUCCCCGUGUUUUGUUUUUCAUUUCUCAUUAGGAAAACAGUGAGUCACCCUAGGAAAUUGAGAAUGGGAAGACCAGAUAUGAAAGAAAGGUGGGGUGGGGCUCCACCAUGGCCUGUGAGUGCACACAGAAUACCCCUGUGGAAGGCAGCUCUGCAGUUAAUCUACAGACAUGGCAGUACCUGUGCAACCAUGACUGGCUCUAGCUUAGGACUUGGCCUUGGUAGCUGGUCCCCUACCCCACCCUCCCCCCACACACAAAGCACCUACUGUUCUCUCUGAGGUGACUACUAUAAAUGAUAUUUUCUGGCAUCACUUCCCACCUCAGUUUUGGUUUUAUAAGUCAGGCCAGUUUGCUCCUAAGUGGCACCAGGUUUGUCAGGUAUUUGGAAGCAUUCAUUCGGCCCCAAAAGAAGCAGAGUUCAUUGUGCUUACUUCAGAUGUUCCCUUCUCUGUCCUGACUCCUCAGACUGAGAUUUCUCAGGCCACUGACCCUGGCCACACUGUCAAAACUACAAAAUUUUCCUGGAAAAGACAUUUCAAUAUGCUGGAAAACUCUUGCAGAUGUGUUUUUUUUCCCCCAAGACCAACUCAUCUUCCUCCCAUUUGUUGCUGCUAAUCACUUGUGGAGUGCAGCAUGCAGCAUCCUCUGUUCUAUAAGAACCUCAGAAAACACUACUUGAGUGGAGUCAGUGCAGCAGUAAGGGCACCCCGCCACACAGCACCCUCCUAGCCCGAGAGGCUCAGCUCAUCCCUCCUGCUGCAACUGCUGCUUCCCGGCCCUUUAAUGGCACUUCUUUAAAAGACAUAAAUGUCCCCGUGUCAUAGCAUUAAAAUCAUGGAACUCAGAUGUCUUUUUAGCAUGGGAUACCUAGCCCAUCUGUCUUUGUGACCUUGUGUUUGUAAUACUAUACAAUCUGAUUGUAAAGCAUUUGAAUUCUAAACAUAUAAAAUGUGAUAAGCCUGCAGUUUUGUAGGCAGUGAAGUCAUGGCUGCUAUUUUUAAGUAGAACUUCUAUCAAAAUAAGCAACUUUGUAAAAUUCAAUUUUUGUAGGACUUUCCCAAGGCACAGCCACCUUGGUAGAAUGCUUCUCACUCACUAAAUGUUGCGGAAGCAAUUCAUAUUCUAUAUAGGUUUUAAAUUACUUUUCAGCAUAUGGUUUGAAUGUUUGUAAGGAAGCCUAAGUUUAAUAAUUUUUACAUAGCUAAAAAUAGGUGUGGAGGACUCAGUGUGGAGUCCUCCACACUGAGGAGGGAACCAUGGAAUGAGGCCAAGGAAUGAAGUGCUCUGAAAGGGGGGGGGGGGGUUUCAGAAACCAUCUGUGGGGCCGUGUAUCAUGUGACAGUGAGAUAGCUGUGCUCACUGACCUGGGCUGUGCUCAGCUGGACUUGGAUAAAGUGUACCUGGACAAUAGCUACUCUGUCUGUGAACUUUACCUACUUUGUUGUCUUCAGUGGAGUUCUAGCCACUGUUUGUUUCCUUAUAAAAACUGUAAUGGGCAAUCAUGUAUUUGUACUUCCAUUCCUUUUUAUCUCUACUUCUGUGUAAACUGGUGAUUGAAUAGUUAAAGCAAUUUUUUUCAGUGUGCCCCAAGGGCAUUAUUAGCCUUUAUAACUGAGAAAUGAUUGUUAUAUUAAUUAUUCCAUAAAUGGUACUACCAGAUAAAUUACCCUGGGUUAAUAGCUCCAGGAUUUGUUUCAGACAACACAAAAAGUCUCAUGUGAAUAUACGUAUAUUUUGGAUUUAUUUUCAGUCUUGCUAAAUAAAAUGUUUUGUCUU